AUGGCCACAUUAGCCAAUUUUACCCAGACACUGGAGGAUGUCUUCAGAAAGAUUUUUAUUACUUACAUGGAUAACUGGAGGAGGAACACAACAGCCGAGGAACAGGCCCUCCAGGCCAGAGUGGAUGCCGAGAACUUCUACUACGUCAUCCUGUACCUCAUGGUGAUGAUCGGCAUGUUCUCCUUCAUCGUGGUGGCCAUCCUGGUGAGCACGGUGAAGUCGAAGCGGCGGGAGCACUCCCAGGACCCAUACCACCAGUACAUUGUGGAGGACUGGCAGGAGAAGUACAAAAGUCAGAUCUUGCAUCUGGAAGACUCCAAGGCCACCAUCCACGAGAACACAGGGGCGACAGGGUUCACAGUGUCACCCUGAUAAAGAACAGGGUCCAUCUGGCUCGGACGGG